AUGGCAAAAACGCAAAUAUGGCAAAAACGCAAAUAUGGUAAAAACGCAAAUAUGGCAAAAACGCAACUAAGGCAAAAACGCAACCAUGGCAUAAACGCAACUAUGGCAAAAACGCAACUAUGGCGAAAACGCAACUAUGGCAAAAACGCAACUAUGGAAAAAACGCAACUAUGGCAAAGAUGCAACUAUGGCAAAAACGCAACUAUGGGAAAAACGCAACUAUGGGAAAAACGCAAAGAUGGGAAAAACGCAAAUAUGGGAAAAACAUAUGGCAAAAACGCAAAUAUUGGAAUAACGCAAGUAUGGGAAGAACACAAAUAUGGGAAAAGUGCAAAUAUGGGAGAAGAUAAACUUGUGACGCAAAUAUGGCAACGACGCAAAUAUGGCAAACACGCAAAUAUGGCAAAGACGCAAAAAUGGGUAAAACGCAAAAAUGGGAAAGAUGCAAAAAUGGGAAAGAUGCAAAAAUGGGAAAGACACAAAUAUGGGAAAAACGCAAAUAUGGAAAAAACGCAGAUAUGGGAAAAACUCAAAUAUGGGAGAAAUGCAAAUAUGGCAAAAACGCAAGUAUGGCAAAAACGCAAAUAUGUCAAAAACGCAAAUAUGUCAAAAACGCAACUAUGGCAAAAACGCAACCAUUUCAAGAACGCAACUAUGACAAAAACGCAACUAUGGCAAAAACGCAACUAUGGCGAAAUCCCAACUAUUGCAAAAACGCAACUAUGGCAAAAACGUAAAUAUGGCAAAAACGCAAAUAUAGCAAAAACGGAAAUAUGGGAAAAACGCAAAUAUGUGAAAAACGCAAAUAUGGGAAAAACCCAAAUAUGGGAAAAACGCAAAUAUGGGAAAAACGCAAGUAUGGGAAAAACGCAAAUAUGGCAAAAACGCAAAUAUGGCAAAAACGCAAAAAUGGGUAAAACGCAAAAAUGGGAAAAACGCAAAUAUGGGAAAAACGCAAAAAUGGGAAAAACGCAAAAAUGGGAAAAACGCAAAUAUGGGAAAAAGGCAAUUAUGGGAAAAACGCAAAUAUGGGAAAAACGCAAUUAUGGGAAAAACGCAAUUAUGGGAAAAACGCUAAUAUGGGAAAAACGCAAAUAUGGGAAAAACGCGAAUAUGUGA